ACGGUGAACGUUAGAACUUCGUCUAAAAAUGGAGGUCAGCAAGUAAUGAACUAUAUGGAUUAUAGUAUUUAUCUUAUAUUUCUCAGUUAUUUUAUUACGGAGUCAUCUAGCGUGGAUAAAAUUUGAAAAUGAAGACUGUUAAGCAGAAAGCUAAAACAAAGAAGAACACUCCUAGAUUUGGUAGGGUAAAAUUCUCGAACAAAGAUUCUUCAAAUACUACUGGACCUGAUUUGUCACAAUUGCGUAAGCCUAUAGACAUCAGUGUGUCGAGUUUAAUACAAGUCACUAAAUUGCUCGAGACUGGAGGAGAUGAGGUCCAGAGCGUUCUUGCUUAUGAAUGCGACGUUAUUUACGAGUGCAGAAUCUGCCGCAGCUUGUUCAGAAGCCUGGCCAACUUUAUUUCCCACAAACGAGUGUACUGUACAGAAAAAUUCAAUGUUACACUUUGCAAAAAAACUCGCAAGGAUCAUACCAUAUCCGAAGCGACGUUUGUUGAAGAUCCUAGAUCAAUCGGGGAUAUUGGAACACAGGAGCAUGAUAAUAGCAUGAGAAUACUGCGCAGUCAAGCCACUAGGAGCCUUCCAAAGAAAGAUCUGACAUCUGUUAUUCACAUGCUUCAGGAAAAACGAAACGAUGAUAUUGAUGAGAGUGAUGACAUUUCAUUGAGUGCCAACAAUGAGAUUCGUAAGACUAGGUUGAAAAGUCUUCAUGCUCCCACUCGAGCACACUCUGCCUCUGAAAAAGAUCGAGUGCCACAGCAAAUUGUCCUUGAACCAAUAAAUACGAGUAAAACUGCUGUUUAUCAGACUGCCACCCAGCCAACAUCAUCGUCGUUAACAUCAGAACACAACCGUAUAACUGCUGAUUUGAUGAAAGCUCAGAUAAUGGAACUGCAAGAAAUGAUUGGCAAAAAAACUGCGAUUCUUAAUCCAGAAGGUUCUUCUGUGAUUACGAAUCAAAUCGAAAAAAAUAAUGAUGGGUCACAAAUCAAUGGCAGUGAGGAUGAUGAGGCAUCAGUUCCAAACACACAAGACUCUCGUAAUUUGGUGUGUUCAGUAUGUAACGCAAAGUUUGCUACAAGAAAGACAUUAACCUUCCAUAUGAAAUCACUUCAUCUUGCAUAUCGAACAUGGUAUCCAUGUCCUUGCUGCACUAGUGCGUUCGUCAAUCCCUGGAGUGUGUACCGUCAUCUGUGCAAAGUGCAUAGGAAAUCGAAUGAGCAGGUGAGAAGGUUGCGAGCUCAGAUACAAGAGAAAGCAUUCCGAAAAGAAACUACUGGUGCUGAGGAUAUAGAGAAAGAAAAUGCCUUGAUCAAAUCAUCUGGCACAGGAAAUCAGCAAACAGGCAAUGAUGCACAGGACUGGAUGGAAACUUUUGAGCUUGACCUCGAUUUUCAGCGCUGUGGAGGUUGCGGACGUCGAUUUGAUAGAAAAGCAGCACUGAGUUCGCAUUCUCAAAUAUGCCAAAAGCGAAUAGCUGCCUGUAAUGAACUAGCUGCAGCUAAUAAAGCCAAAAAGUUACCAAAAACGCCCUCCUCCGAAAGCAUCUCAGACGUCGAUAACGCCUCACUUAAAGAGACGAUGGAAAAAUUGGCAAUAAGGUCUCAAAGUCAUAAGAAACAACUCUCUCGCCUGAACGAUAAAAGAAUUACCAUGGGUUCGGCAAGGGCGAGUUUCACUGAAACACCUGCUGAAGUUACUGAUACGAAUGAAACGUCAAUUCGAGUAGAGAAUGUCUCCAGAAUCAGUGAUGCUGAUUGGGAAAUGAUGGACACUAAUACGGAUAAAAUUCCAAUGAGCAGAAUUUCGGCUUUACCUAAUCUUGAUUCGCUAGCCACAGAUGUGAACACCAUAACGCCUGCGGAAAAUAUAUCGCUUCUUACAACAAUACCUGAUUCUCCUGAAAUUAUAUUCACAAGCAUCGAUGAAGCCAGAACAGUCGCAGUCAGUUUUGGUACCAAAAAGAGGAAAGUGUCUCUCAUAAAUAACUCUAAGGACAGUCAUGCAGGAAUAGGUCAGUCUUCGGUCUCAGCAGAGAGUCUCAAUUCCGUUGGAAGCUUGUCGAAUAACGGAAAUGAAAUCAAAAUAGAUCAUAUAACGGUGAUGGAGAACAGGAUAGCAACAAUAGCAAACCUGCGUAAAUUGCAGUGCUUACCAUGUCAUAGAAAAUUCACGUCAAUGACAAACUUGCGCAGGCACAUGGCAAUCCACAUCGGAUGGAAUCGAUACCGCUGUCGGCUCUGCGACUUUAAAUGUUUUGCCAAAUGCGAUUGCGUAGCGCAUUGUAAUAAAAUGCAUGACGCUAAAAACACCCGAGCCAUAAUUGCAGAUAUGGUAGUACAGAUUCCCCCAGACCAAGAUGCUCUGUCCAAAGAAAUCGUAAUGGAUAUCCCCAAUUCUUACGACGUUAAUUCAGAUUUGGAAGUGAUUGAAGUCACCGACCCCUCACCGAUAUUGGUAGAUGUUACCGAGAGUUCAUCCAGUUUUAAUGAUACUACUACUCCACUCGAUACAUCUAAAGAACUCAAUAAUGCAUCAGAUGAUAAAUCCAGUCCUGAUGGCAAACAGCUGGAGGAAAAAUUUGACGAUGAGGGAAAAUCACAUGAAUCACGUAGCAGAUUGGACACAGACCCAGAUCUCCGCAAGAUGGUGAUGGAGGUGAUCUUUGGUACUUCAGAAGUUGAUUCAAAAUCCGCAGCGAAGAGCGAGUCUCGAAAUCCGAGUCCAUCAGAAUCUGGAAGUUGUCACUCCACGGCCAGCUCACCUGCAAAAUCGAACGAGAGUCAAGAGUCAAUAUCUUCUAAUAACGAUAGCUUGGGCCAGAGCGAUGUUAGUGCCAGUAAGCUAGAGGAAAGUCGUCCUCAACGUCCCACUCGCAAUCGCGUUAAGCCCGUCAAUGAAGAUUUUAUUUACGAUUUAAAGGAAGUGAUUCGAAAGGAAUCUGCCAUUAACAGAGCGGCGGCGAUCGCUGCUCAAAAAGUGUGGAAAAAAAAACAAUUAAAUCAAGUGCAGCAAGUGCAGCAAGCGCAUCAAAGUGCUGCAGACAACGAAUAUAGUGGAGAGAGUAAAUUAGAAACAGAAGUCCCUGAACUGCAAAAAUUAUCAACGGCAUGUAAAUUAUCUUCCUCAGCAUGUGAAGGAAAAGGCGAAUCGAAUAGUUACACUACUAAAUUCUCUUUGAGACAGGCCGAAGUUAAAUUGCAUUCUCUAAAUGAGAGCGCAACAAAUGAAAUCAUGAAAAGUACGAAAAUCUCAGUUUCUAGCCAGAAAUGAAAUUCAUUCCACCCCGUACUUUUUAAUCAAUUUCGAACGCUAAUCCAGUUAUAUUUCGAUGAAUUUAUUGAGUUGUUUGAUUUUGGAAUUCUUCGAAAACUCUGUUCAACUUUACUGACAGAGACUUGAAAAAUGAUGGAGAAUUCUAUUUGAUAUAUCGGUGAAGUUUGGAGUAACGUGAUUAUGGGCGAUAAUUCUAACAGAAUAUCGAAAUAAUGGGAUUUCACUCAUCCCUAUAAUUGAAACGGAGUUAAAAAAUAAAAAUUUCAAAUGUAUGUAUCACAGAUGUAUAAAAUACAGGUGUAUGUUGUAUUUUAGAAUAAUAUACGUUUCCGAUUA